ACGGACCUUUCUUUAUACCUGAGCAGUGAGCACACACUGCAGUGUCUCUGUCCAUCCACUUUCCUGUCAGCUCCACCACCAUCAUGCGUCAUCAGCCUCCCCUUCAUAUAUACGAGCGUACUCAGCCAGAUCAAGGUACGCUUUCUUUCGGAGCAAGAAGGCCUCGUUCUGCUGGAGGAUGAGCUCAAUUUACGAGGAGUCGGUGCGAAGUGCGUACUUGCACGGCCUGGUCUCCGCCAUCGCUGAUGUUGCAAGUCGUGCACAAGCCCGGCAGUUCAAUUUGGCGAUGAAGGACCAGGUCCGCGAAGUUAGGCAGUCUUAAGUACUUCGCAGUAUGAAGGGAGGAAGGAUGUCAGAGACUGUGGUAGAUGGAAAAUGUUGAUAUGCUUCGUAAGUCGCUUUCCUGCCGCCAGAUACAAUUGCACACAGCCACCAAUUAAGCGAGCAAGCACACGUCUGUUGUUGUUUUUUUUUUUUUCGCGUGUGUGUGUGUGUGUGUGUGUGUGUGUGUGUGAGAGAGAGAGAGAGAGAGAGAGAGAGAGAGAGAGAGAGAGAGAGAGAGAGAGAGAGAGAGAGAGAGAAUGGUGGGCUCGUUUGCUUCAGGUCGGGGGAAAUGUAGCAGGCUUGGAGUCUGCUUCAUAGUCCUUGUCUCGUGUUCCGUCUUUGCACCUUUGGCGCUUUGUGAAGUUCCCAAUACGGACUUGAUUGCAGCUCCGCUGUUGGAAGUGAGUGAAGGAGGUGGUGGACCAUCUGUCCAGUCGCGGUCCGCUCUUCGGGCACCAGAAUACAAAGGACGAGAUAGCCAUGUUUUCCUCUCCCGCGCCAUCGCGGCGGCUGAUGGGCACAAUCCCAAGCUGUUCGCCCGACGUGCGGGAGCGGGAUCUCAGCUGGAGUCGGCAGCCAGGAGGGGAUUGUCAGGUUUGUCCGUUUCGCGUUGGGCCGAGACUGGUCAGUGGCAAUCACAGACUACGAAAGAUCCGACACGGCCCACCUUGAUGACCUUGUCAUGGUCGCGUACACGUGGCGACACCGGGGAGAGGCACCAUCUACUGGGGUCUUAUCCACGCAGGAUGAUGAGAGAGAUACCCGGGCGGUACAAGGACAGCGCGCGAAGCGCUGAAAGCGUUGAUCUCCAUCAGCACGGCUUCGUAACAGUCGUCUUUCAAAUUGGCGCGGCUGUAUUAAGCACGAUAGCCGUGGUGUGGCUUUGUGGCCUAGGAGAUGACGAUAAGGAGAAGAAGGAGGGAGGAGGAGUCGGCGUGGAAGUGGAGGUAGAAGGGGACAUAUGUGGUUGUAUCGACGCGUGCUGUGAAUAAGGAGGUGGAGACUGAGGGAGGUGGUGGGGGAAUGGAGGAGGAGGACGAGGAAGAGGAGAUGAAGUGACGUGGUUGGGGAGCGCAUAUAUGAUGAGCAUGACGUCUACCCGUCGUGCUGAUGUAUGUUCCGAGAGGAAAGAAUACAUUGCUUGUCCCUCACGUUGGUGCCACUCGGUGUGGAUCGUGUCGUGUUGGACAAAGUCUUUCUGUUGCGCAAAGUCUUUCUGUUGCGUGUUUGCCGAGUGGCAACAUUGAUUGCUGUCUUAAUGGGGGAAAUGGGUAGAAGACACCCUGGGAUCCGGUUCAGCAGGAGGAUAAUAGGUAGAAGACGCCCACGGAAAACGAACUGGAAAUAGCCAACCCGAGGAUAAUAGGUAGAAGACGCCCACGGAAAACGAACUGGAAGUAGCCAACUCGAAGACAUUGGGCGUAAACAGCCCAAUACGUUCUCCGGUGGACGUAUUCUACCUAUUAUCCCUUGUUGAUGGCCAUGUCAUUGUUGUGGCUCCUUAUAGCUUCGUCAGUGCUUGGCUGUUUUUUUUUUUUUUUUUUUUUUUUUUUUUAAUUACGGGGACAGCUGUGAGGGAACGGUUCUUGCUACGCAUUUGUCCUGGACGACCCUCGGCAGCUUGGGAAUUGCAGAACGGGUGACUUUCUCUCUUUUCUGUUGAUUUCACCACUUAUUGUUACUCGUGACAGCCCGAGCAGAUGUCUAUCUUCUAACAUCUGCUUGUUCUGGCCACGUGGCAGUUGACUGGCGACAUGGUAAUGCAAGCCUAAUUGGGAUAUAAUGUGAGAUAAAAUCACUUUGUAUCACGAACAGACCGUAUCAUAUGUACUUACGACGGGCGUCAGGUACACACAGGACUCGACGUUUGGAGCCUAGAUGGCUUGGUCCUUACAGAAUUACAGUUUGUGAACACUCAGCUGUACUGCUCGUCGUGACAGCGCAAGCAGGUGCCUCUGCCUUCGGGCUCUGCUUGUCUGUACACAGAGCAGCUUUGAUGGCGACAUGGACACCAUUAUAGCUCAUUGAGAGGCAAUGGGAGAAGGAAUGAUUUGCAUCCUAUUCUCGUUUCUGUAUAUUCCGCCCCAUGUGACAGCCCACGCAGAUGUCUGUCUUCCAUCUGCUUGUUCUGUCCUCGUGGCACCUUGGCUAUGGGAGAACACAUGUCCUGUUCUCUCUUUUCUGUUGACGUCGCCAGUUUCUGUUCCUCGUGUCGGCCCAAGCAGACGUCUGCUCUUUCUUAGAUUCUUGGUCGGCAAGUUAGGUGGCGCCCUUCUCUCUUUUCUGUUGACGUCGCCAGUUUACCUGAGGACGGCCGUGAGCGCAGCCUGGCGGAAACGCGUCGGGUAAGAUGCGCGUUUCUUUCUGAGAACAUUACAUGCGGAGAAGUAAUGAUGAUGACCUAUCUGUCUAUGCUUGUACGAGA